AUGAUUGUACUAGGUUGGCUGAAAAGAGACUCCGGUACGUUGAAAAUAUACACGGCAAAUCRCGUGCGCGAAAUACAAGAAAUCUGUGAAGGUAUCACAUGGCRACAUGUGCGAUCCGAAGACAAYCCAGCGGACGCUUUAUCUAGGGGACAACUCCCACGCGAUUUCCUGAAGAACGAGRUAUGGUUUCACGGACCAUCCUGRCUCGAGCGACCGGAGGCCGARUGGCCAAUCCCGACUGAAAGGGAAAUUCUYGAAUUGCCGGACGUAAAGAGACUAUCGGUACUAACGACGCUAAUUGAAUCAGGAAGCAUAUUUCAGCGAUUCUCUAGUUACACGCGAUUAUUAAAAAUUAUAGCACGAUGCCGACGAUGGCUUAAAACUAACUCAUAUAAGGGAGAAUUGUCUACCGCAGAAAUAACAGAAACAGAACGACGCGUUUUAAAAAUCGUGCAAGACGAACAAUUUCACGCCGAAAGARAAAGGUUGAAGACAGCGGGGGGARUCAAGAGYACRAGGCUCGCCGCGUUAAAUCCGAYCCUUGAUGARGRAGGUUUAAUUCGASUGGGGGGUCGACUUCAAAACGCAAACUUAAGUUUCCACGAGAAAUGUCCGAUAUUAUUGCCCUCACAUCACCACGWCACCGAUCUCAUUAUCCGAAAGCUUCAUGAGCAAAACUUUCACGCCGGUAUACAGACUACCCUCUAURCCCUUCGACAACGUUUUUGGCUCCUCGACGGCAAGAAUCAGGUGCGAAGAAUCGUACGUCAUUGCGURCRUUGCAUCCGAUUCCGUGCGUCCGGCAUCCAGUAUAAAAUGGGAGAUUUACCAAGCUCGCGAGUGCAGGAAGCCACUGCAUUCUCCCAUGUCGGAGUAGAUUUCUUCGGCCCAAUUUACGCGAAAGAAAAGAAGCACCGUAAUAAAGGUCGCGUUAAAACAUACGGGUGUAUUUUCAUCUGCAUGACCAUCAAGGCGGUACACAUCGAACUAGUCAGCGAUCUGACCACAGAUGCCUUUUUAGCCGCUUUCAGGCGUUUUGUGAGUCGAAGAGCUGUUCCAGCUCAUAUUUAUUCGGAUAACGGAACAAACUUCGUCGGGGCUAAUAACCAGUUAAGGGAAUUAUAUGCCUUGAUUGAGUCGGACGAAUAUAAAACAAAGGUCCAGAAUUUCGCAGUAGAUCAUARAAUAUCAUGGCAUUUYAAUCCUCCUUUAUCACCUCAUUUCGGAGGUUUGUGGGAAGCGGCCGUCAAAUCUUUCAAACACCAUUUUAAACGGGUUGUCGGYGAACUUCUCUUCACAUACGAAGAAUUAACUACAUUCGCGAUCRAAAUCGAAGCAAUUUUAAAUUCACGCCCGUUAUGUCCUAUCUCAUCAGAUCCGAAUGACGUGACAGCUCUAACACCUGCACAUUUUUUAGUUGGAAGACCUAUUACGACAUUGCCAGAGGAAGAUUAUGCUAAGACACCAGCCAAUCGAUUGUCUUCAUGGAAACACAUCACGAAGGUGCGACAAGAUUUCUGGCGUCGGUGGCACAUUGAAUAUCUACGAGAAUUGCAGAAACGUCAUAAAUGGAUACAACCCCAGCAAAAGAUUGAAAAGGACACCAUCGUUAUUCUCAUCGACAAGAAUCAACCUUGCAUGAGAUGGCCGUUAGGCCGAAUCACGAACAUACACCCAGGACAAGAUGGUGUAGUACGAGUGGUCACCGUGAAAACGGUUCACGGUGUUGUCAAGCGAAACGCAACGACUAUUUGUCCAUUGUUAAACCAUCAUUAA